AUGGCCAGCACUUCUCAAAGUCGAUUCCAUGAGGAUCUACAAGAUGAUGAAUCGAUCCUUGAUGACGACCUAAUUGACGCCGAUGAUGGUGAGUACGUCUCUUUUUCCGGAUCCUCUCUUGAUUUCAUCAGAUUCUUGUUUGUUUACCCGAGCUACUACGAUGUACUGAUGCUUCGGGACCUUUCCACCAUGACAGCCAUCGAGGCCGAUGACCCUCUUCACACUUCCGAUACCGCUCCGCUAAGAGGCAACAUCCAGUCCGAACCCUCGAGUUCGAGCAGAGGAGGUUUCGGAAACAAUCUAUCCAGCAAUUACCUGACAUCUACCAUCCCGGGAGAGGAUCGUCGCGCAGCGCAGAACACCAUCGAUGAAACCGUGUGGGAAACACUCUCACGCGAUCUGCAAGCGGUAUGGGAGAAGAUGCGCCAAGUGCUGUGGCCCAAGUACCUGAUGGGAGGUAUGCUGCAGCGCGGCGGCGGAGGCAUCGGGGCCGCCGAGCGAGGAGAAGCCACCGGGUUCGGUGGCGGACUCAGAGGCAUUGUGGGACGCUGGCCGGAUGCCGAUGUGGUCCUGCAGGGUGGAAUGAGUGAGGGUCUGCGUGACUGGGAUCUUUGGGGUCCGCUCAUCUUCUGCUUGCUCCUGAGCAUGUUCCUAUCGAUGCGCGCAAAGGAUGAACAGUCGUCCCUUGUCUUCUCGGGUGUCUUCUCCAUAGUCUGGAUUGGGGAGGCUGUUGUGACCUUGCAGAUCAAGUUGCUCGGUGGGAAUAUUUCGUUCUUUCAAUCCGUUUGCAUCAUCGGCUACACUCUGUUCCCUCUGGUCAUCGCUGCUAUGCUCAGCGCAUUGGGUCUCCCGACUAUUGCCCGGAUACCGGUGUACCUGGCGCUCAUUGCAUGGUCCUUGGCUGCAGGUGUGAGCAUUUUGGGUGGUUCGGGUGUGAUCAAGAACCGGUUAGAAGAUUGGAGGAUCGAUACGGCCGGCCAGAUAUCCUAUCAAUCGAACUGCGAACGAAAUUUCAGUACGGAGUAUACAGUCCAGCAUGAGAUGAAUGGAAAAGGGGACAGGAACACAACAUUUGGGCAUGUAAGCGGGGUGGAGCCGAGCGGUGACUGGGCGACAAGACGGAGUGACAAUGAGACAACACAACACAGCUCAGCGUCACUCUUCUCGGAACUCGAUUGCGUCUCGAUCUGCGGCUUCACCACCCUCCUGUAUCAGCGUACAUCACUGUGCCCGUCUUCUGAGCGAUUUGAACCAAAGCCUCUCUGCUUUGAAGCCCCCGCCGUCGGUUAUCGCAACGUCUUCGCUGGCAGAUUUCGUCACAACAAUCCCACGACACAGGUCGAUUCAACAGGACCAGCUCGUUUUAUCAACGACUUUCAACCGGCCUCGGCAUUGAUAACUGCUUGA